UAAAAUUUUAAGCUUAGAUUUUAAGCUUUUAGAUUAAAAAGAUUAGAUCUAAUAUUCACCAAUUAGCGAAUAUUAGAUCUUAUUAAUCUAAAAGGUGUUAAGAACAGGUUUUCCUGCGACGGACUUCGAAAAAUGGCAGAUGCUCCAGGUCAGCCCGGUUAUCCUCUUCAACAAUAUCCUCAGGCUCAAGUUCAACCACAAGUUGUUGUGGUACAACAAGGAAACCAAGGAGUUGCCCCAGAAACAAACUCCAUCAUGGCCUAUAUAUCGCUUCUGUUCUGCUGUCCGAUUGGAAUUUUUGCUGUGUUAAGAGCUAACGAGGCAAACGCGUGUAUUGGAAGAGGAGAUUUUCAAGGGGGAAAAAUAUAUGGAGAGGCGGCUAAGAAAUGUGCUAAAGGAGCGAUCAUCACAGGAGUAGUUCUAGGAAUUGUCUCUGUAAUCGGCUCUGUUUUGAAUAUCUUAUUCGGUACAGCUGCUCAAGUUUCAUCAUCAUAUUCAUCAUCAUAUUCAUCAUAUUCAUAGGGUGAACACCCAGAUUAUCAGAUAUCUUAACGUUAGCCAUCCUAACUAAACUCCUUACAACCGUCAAAAUCACAUCUAGUCUUUGAGCGGACUUUGGAUUGCUGAUUCUUAGAACAUAGAUCGUAAAACAGAUCUCUGUAGAUAUAGAUUAGAUUAUAUGUGGAGUAACGUUAAAAUGUUAUGACCGCGUAAAGUAAUUUUGGUUGAUUAUAAAAAUGCUGUUAAAGCUAUUAUGUUAAUGUAGAGUGUAGAUGUAUGGCAACUCAAAUAAGCACAUCUAUGAUCUAUCUAAUAUUACACUAACAGCAACAUUCACCUUGAAUUCAUAAACUAUCUAUGUGCAUUUUUUUCUUCUCUGAGUCUGAACUGAAAGAUUGAUUUUCUUUUGUAGCUAUUUAGUAACGCGAUAAUCUGAUAAUUUGCCGAAACUUUGUAAUUGGUAAUGUCGAAACCGUAAUUUGAUUUAAAUCCUGAUCGUUGUGAUGAAAACAAUUUCCCGAUAUUCUGAGUUUCUUAUUUUCACUGAAACGAUUCUUUGUAAUAAUUCAAUCUUUGUACUUGUAGCAAAAUAA